GCAGCUUUUGAGGCGCUCGCGCUAGCCCUGGACGGAUGGAUGCUACCAACACUCUGGGAUCCAUCACUCGCCAAAUCACAGUCCCCAUCUUGGCUCAGCUCGGCAAUGGCCAUGUUUCUCUGUCCCGUCCGUCCCAUUCUCCAAAUUGGGAGGGCCACGCCCGCGCCAUUUUGCCCCCAACCAAAAACGUCACCAGUAUUUCAAAAGGGUCCGUUUCCCCUCCGUCCCCCUCCAUGCCCCCUCCUCCUCUGUGCUCUUCUAACAAAACCACUCCUCCUCCUGCCUCUAUACGAGAUCAAACCCUCUUCCAGGGCUCGUUUCAACCCGCUAUCGUUGUGAUUCAACAAUCACACACAUACAUACAUACUCACAGGCUGGUUUCCCGCCAGAAAUUAUAGAGAGAGCGUAUACAUCUUAUCUACAAAACGCAGGUACUACUAGGACGAUUCAAUCCGCCGCCAUGUCUCCUCACACCAUUACGGACUCACAUAUUGAGCCCAACGGAACCUGGGCUUCCACUCUAGAGCCCGUAUCCAACGGCGCCGUUUCCCACGAUGUCAGCACCAACGGCAACGGCCACGGCGCGGAAACUCCUGCUGUAAACGGCAACGGUGGCGCCGUUACCGCUCACCAGAUCCCCGCUGCGCGCCGCAUGUACGACAACAAGUCGCGCCAUCUCGAUGCCACGCCGCUCGAUGACGAGUUUGAUCUUGUCUGUGUCGGUUUUGGCCCCGCCAGUCUCGCCAUUGCUGUUGCUCUUCACGAUGCCAUGGAGAGCGGCAAGAAGCUGCGUCCCAAUGGCGCGGCCCCCAAGGUGCUCUUUAUCGAGAAGCAAAACCGAUUUGCUUGGCACGCCGGUAUGCUUUUGCCCGGCGCCAAGAUGCAGAUUUCCUUUGUCAAGGACUUGGCCACGCUCCGUGAUCCUCGCUCCGAGUUUACGUUCCUCAACUACCUCCACCAGCAGGACAGACUGGUCGACUUUACCAACCUGGGCACUUUUCUCCCUGCCCGCGUGGAAUACGAAGAUUACCUGAGAUGGUGCUCGUCCUUCUUUAGCCACCUUGUCCAGUUCAACGAGGAGGUUCUUACUGUAUCUCCCGUCAAGGACACUAGCGACCCAGUGAACCAGUUUGUCGUCCAGUCGCAAAACGCAAAGACCGGCCAUGUCCAGACUUACAAGGCCCGCAACGUCCUCUUGGCCACCGGCGGACGUCCCAGCUUCCCCAAGAGCUUCCCUCUCAAGCACCCGCAAAUCAUCCACUCUUCUCAAUACGCCUACAUGGUGCCCCAGCUGCUUACCCAAAGGAAUAAGCCCUACAAGGUUGCCGUUGUCGGUGCUGGCCAGAGUGCUGCCGAAAUCUUCCACAACAUUCACCAUUUAUACCCCAACUCGCAGACUUGGCUUGUAAUGAGACAAGAGUUUCUCAAGCCCAGUGAUGACUCUCCAUUUGUCAACUCCAUCUUCAACCCCGAAUACAUCGACUCCCUGUUCCCCAAGUCCGCCAAGGACCGCAGCAACUUCCUUGCCGAUGCCCGCGCCACCAACUACGGCGUCGUGCGUCUAGAGCUCAUCGAGGAGCUUUAUACAACCAUGUAUGACCAAAGACGAGAUCUCGGCCCCGACGAGACCAACUGGCCACACAGAAUCCUCGGCGGCCGCGAGAUUACCAACAUUGACACGGCCGGCGACAAGGUCCAGAUCAAGGUCCAGCAGAUUCGCGACGGCGCCAUCAGCCCUGUAGCCGGCCCCGGCGAGGAGGAGCUCCUGGAUGCCGAUCUUAUCAUUGCAGCCACCGGCUACCAGAGAAACGCGCACAUUGACAUGCUCAAGGGCACCUGGGACAUGCUGCCCAAGGCCAGCCCCGGCAGCGUCGAGUUCGCCAAGGGCGUUACCGGGUGGAACGUCUCAACCGACCAAGGCGAGCGCAAGCUGGCCGUUGGCAGAGAUUACCGCGUAAACUACACGGCUGGCCAGGUUGCUGGCGAUGCAGGCAUCUGGCUGCAGGGCUGCUGCGAAGGAACACACGGCUUGAGUGAUACCCUUCUUUCCGUCUUGGCUACUCGAUCUGGCGAGAUGGUCGAAUCCAUCUUCAAGCCCGAGUAAAAAAGAAAUUACAUUAUACGAAAGAAAAAGAUGAUGCAUGUGCUAGUGUACUAACGAACGGGAUCGAGCGAGGAGGGAAGUAAAAAAAGAAAAGAGAGCGUGACGGCUCGUGAAUGCGAUGAAAGAUACAACAACAAGAGAGAUGCCCUUAAGCUUGUAUUGGAUUUUAUUUUUUAUUAUUUUAUAGAUUUUCUUUUCUUCGGUUAUGCGUGCCCGCUGAACACUGCCGCUGACUGACUCGCCACAAAAACCCACCGUCUCCAGAUGCCGGAGACUUGUAUUUUUAAAAAAAG